AAGCAUCACAGUUGAAGAUUUCUCUGAUUGCUUCUGAGAACUCCACAGACCUUAGCAGCUGUAUAUAGGUAGCCAAGGGGACUACUUCGAUGGGAGCUAGAAUAAUUAUUUCGAAGAAGUUGUCUGAACAUGUUGAUAAGGAAAGUUAUGGUUUAACUGAUUAUCGUACUACAACAAUGUAUGACUAUCGACCUCACCAACAGACAUGGACAAAGCCUGUCACUCCCAUUCCAGAACAACCUCAUAAGAAUCGCAUUUACUUGUCAGAGCUGACAGAUGGAAAUUCACCUAAACGGAGGGGUAUCAACAAGUUUUUUGAUGAUAAUCUGGGAGAUUUUUAUAGGAAUCGCACAGAAAAAUAUGAUCUGUAUGCUUCCUACAAUCCAGGGACUGGAGAGUACAGCAAUAUUAAAGAGACAAUAAACAAAUAAUAUCUUGAGGAUAUAUUUAUUUGACAGCAUUUACAUGUGUUGUUUCACCAUAAUUUAUCUGACAUGGAAAAGUAAACUUAGUUUUUCAACUAACAGUUUAUUGUUUUUCUUACAACACUGUAUAUUGCAUGUAGAUGUAUUGUCAUUAAGGGUUUCUUUUGAGUUACACUGAAUGCAAGUCAGAGAGUUCAUUACUGCUUAUAAGGUUGACCAAUUAUGCAAAGCGCAGCCAAUGCAAGAGUGGCAAAACUAAAUGAUGAGAGAAUUUGUUUUCGUUUCUAUUCCGUACUGUUUAUCUUCAUUGUUUCUAUAAAAAUGUUAUCAGCCUAUCAUUUUUGUGUUCAAGUGACCAAGAGUACUUAUGGUGGUUAAUA